AUGCAUCAGCAUGGCGUGGCGCACCUGGAUCUGAAACCUCCAAAUAUCCUCGUCCCCACCGAUGGCGGCCGCCUGUCUAUCAUCGACUUCAACAAAUCCCUACGCAUCCAAGGCACUGAAUCAAUGUUCUGCGGCAUUGUCGGUACCACAGGAUAUCUUGCGCCUGAAGUCGAGGCUAGUCAAGGUCUCUACAGCGCGAUCCGCGGAGACUUGUGGUCCUGUGGAAAGACGUUGGAGGAGCUGUGCUUCCUGUGUAGUCCAUCCAGGGAACGCAAUGCGCUACUUGAAAUAGCUCGAGAGCUCAUGAAUGAUGACCCGAAACAGCGACCGAUGAUGUCAGAUGUCUUGAAGAGGCUGGCGUAUUACAAGGUCGAUGCCAAUACAGGACCAGGUUACUUCAGGUAA